UGAGUGGAUUCGGCAGUCGAGUAGGUCUUUGACGUCUCACGUCCUGCAUAUUGGUGUUUUCCAGUUAAAUUUCUCCAAUUUCAACACUUUUUAUCACCCCAUAUCCCGGCUAGAAGCCUUCUUUGCAUCCCCCUGCAGUGGAUAUUUCGUGUAGACGGCCCAGAGUCCGCGAAAUACCCUCGAAGAAGCUGUGUUUUCACCCCGAACGAAAGUUUUAGGCAUUUCUGACACCCCAAGGGCAGUAUUUUAUCUGAAGAUGACUGAGAGACAUACAUUUGGUGGGAAUUUGAACCCCAUCACUUGCCAUGCAUGGAACAAGGAUCGAUCUCAAAUCGCAAUUUCCCCGAACAACCAUGAGGUGCACAUCUACAAGAGGGAAGGCGCUGCUGACUGGAAGCUGCUGGAUGUGCUGAAUCAGCAUGAUUUGCGCGUGAUGGGUAUCGACUGGGCGCCAAAUACCAACCGGAUUGUGACCUGUGCAGUGGACAGGAACGCAUACGUGUGGACCCAGGGCGAGGAUAGCAAGUGGAAGCCGGCGCUGGUGUUGCUGCGCAUCAAUCGGGCUGCCACGUGCGUGAAGUGGUCGCCGCAAGAGAAUAAGUUCGCUGUGGGAUCGGGCGCCAGGCUCAUCUCUGUGUGCUACUUCGAGCAGGAGAACGACUGGUGGGUGUCGAAGCACAUCAAGAAGCCCAUUAGGUCGACGGUGACGUCGCUGGACUGGCAUCCCAAUAACAUCCUUCUGGUGGCUGGAUCCACUGACUACAAGGUGCGCGUGUUCUCGGCCUACAUCAAGGACAUUGAGGAUCAACCCAGUCCCACGCCCUGGGGUGCCAAGAUGCCCCUGGGCCAUCUGAUGGCGGAGUUCAAGCACUCCGAGCGCGGUGGCGGAUGGGUGCACAGCGUCAGCUUCUCGGCAGAUGGCAACAAGGUCUGCUGGACAGGCCACGAUGCUGCCAUUAAGGUGGCUGAUGCGUCCAAUGGGAUGCUCAUCACGAAGAUCCGCACGCCGUAUCUUCCCUUCCUCUGCUGCGAGUGGAUUUCCCCGAAGUCAGUGGUUGUGGCAGGACACAGCUGCAUGCCGCUCAUCUACAGCAUUGGCGAUGGCAAUGAAAUCGCUCUGUCGGCGAAGCUGGAUCAGACGCAGAAGAAGGAGGCUGGAGGGAUCUCCGCCAUGCGCAUUUUCCAGUCGCUGGACAGAAAUUUGCGCACAGAAAACACGGACACGAACCUGGAGUCGAUUCAUCAGAAUGCAAUUGCGUGCCUGAGAAUCUUCGGGGGCACCAAGGCGUCAGUGACGCGCAUCAGCACUUCAGGACUCGAUGGCCAGCUAGUCAUCUGGGACUUGAGCACUUCUGCGCUCACGCGCUCCAUGCAGGGCCUGAAGAUGUAGUCCAGAAAGCAUUUUUAA